UCACCACUAUAAAACCCACCGAAAUUUAAGCCACACGGUCCAGACCCCAACGAAAAGAAAAGGCGUGCUCAAUUUUACUUCACCAGAAAGCGGAAAGCAGUGUCUGUAGUACAACCAUAAGAAUGCGAGCUCUGCAACUGAGCAAGAAAACUCUCUCUCGUACUCUCUUCCUCGCCACUUCCACUUCCUCUUCCUCAUCACCGUACCGAACUAUAACCACCGCCGCUCUACUAUCCUCACCCGCCUGUCACAACCACAUCCACCGCUGCUCCGACACGUGGCUCUCCGCCUCAUCAUCCGCCAACCUCCUCCGCUCUCCUUGGUCCCUCACUCAACACCGCGGGAUCAGAGUCUCCGGUUCCGAUGUCAAAGUCGGAAACGUGAUCGAGAAAAAAGGACGUAUUUACCAGGUGGUUAAGACAGAUCAUUCACAUGAAGGAAGAGGCAAGGCCACUAUAAAGGUGGAGCUUCGUGACAUUGAAAGUGGAAACAAAGUGUCUCAACGAUUGGGUACCGAUGAGAGUGUUGAAAGAGUAUUUGUUCAAGAGAAAACUUACAUGUAUAUGUGCACUGAUCGCAAUGGCACUAUAGUCCUGAUGGACGUUAAAACGUUUGAUCAGCUGGAAGUGUCCCAGGAGUUGUUUGGCAAAGAUGCGAAGUAUUUACAAGGUGAGAUGAGAGUUAUUGUAAGGCUUUAUGAUGAUAUACCUUUAUCUGCAUCGGUUCCAAAACGCGUGACAUGUAUUGUCAAGGAAGCACAAGAUCCUAUGAAGGGGGUCCCAGCCCCACCUAAGGAUAAAAAGGUUGUAUUGGAAAAUGGCCUGACUGUUGAGGUGCCAAUGUUCGUCGUAGCCGGUGAUGCUGUAGUUAUUAAUACUGAGACUGACUCUUAUGUAGAGAGGGCUAAGGCAUAAUCUUGUGUUGGCUUUAUUCUGAAGGAGAUAUGGAAUGUCAAAUUGUGCACCAUGCAUAUCUCUGGUUCCUACGGAAAUCAAUCUUUCAAUUCAUCGAUUUUAGACAAUUUGCUCGUACCUACAUAUGGUAUUUAAACUUGAGGUAUAUGAGACCUACAGGAUUUUUAUUUUUAUUUUUUAGAUUCUAAAAAAGUGCGGUGAGGCAAUGGGAGAUGACACAAUUUGUGAAACAUGGAGAGCUUUAUACAUUUUUUCUAUGAAUAAAUUCAUACUGUUUUGGUACUUAUAUAUGAGUUUAUGAGUAGGGGAAGAAGAUGACUUAAAAUUGCA